AUGGAUAAAAAUGAAAGAAAGAAGAUUCGGGAAAUUAUGUCCAAAAAAGAUGAUUCUAAAAUGAAUUGGAUGUACAAAGGCAGUCAGCCUGAAACAAAUGAAUAUUUGCUGGGAAGAAAGAUUGAUAAAUACAUUGAGAAAGUGCCAGAACCCACCAAAGAAGAAAAAUAUGGUGCUGCAUUCAGUGAGAGAAUUAAAGCCAAUAUUGAAUUAGACAUGGCUGCCAAGAUGAGAGAAGAUCCUUUGUUCCAAAUCAGGAAACGUGAAGAGGAGGCUCGUCGCCGGAUCCUUGAUAAUCCAGUUAAAAUGAAACAAAUACAGAAAAUGAUUAAGGAACAGAAAGAAGAACGUCAAAAAAGCAAAAGUAAGAAAAAGAAAAAAAACAAAACGCGUGAUUAUGAUGAUGAUGAUGAUGAUCAAUCUGGAGACGAACUUGUGAAAACUUACCUGAGCAUCAUCAGUAAAAAACACCAGGAUAAACAUGAUGGGGACAAAAAACAUCACCAGGACGACAGAGGAUGUCCUUCUGGAUACGGACUGCAAAAGCAUCACAAAGUUAGAGAAGAGGGACAUUCAUCUCGACGAGAAAAUUAUUCCAAACCAUAUCAACGCCAAGAUGACUCCACUCGCAAUAGGACCAGCUCUGAGCCUACUUCAAAAUAUUCUAAAGAAAGAUUUAGCACUUUUCAUUCACAUCAUAGUAAACGUAGUUCUAGACCGCAUUCACAAAGCCGAUCACCACAGCAUUCACGGAGUAGAUCCCCACAAUCAAGUAACUCUGGAAAACUAAAAGAGACUGAACGAGAGAAGAAACUUAGAGAGAUGAUGGAAAAUGCCAAAUGGAGGAAUGAAGUUCGACAGAAAAACAUGAAAAAUUAUGAAGACGAAUGUGCCAAAGAGAAAAAUGCACAAAAAGGGAGCAGCUCAGAUUUUUUAAAUGCAAUGAUGUCACAACAUGCAGCCCAGAGCAGUGUUGAAGAAAGAAUCAGGAGAAACAAACGCUUUCAGUGCGCAUCACAUCCCCCACACCGCCUUGGAAUGCGCACACACUUGUAUAAAAUAGGCAAGAACGUGUGUAAAUCUUUUGCUUCAAAUUCAUCGUCGCCUCUUCCUUUUCUUGCGUCUCUCCAGUACACUUUGCAAAUGUUGAAGACAACUCUAGUUCUGUGCCUUCUUUUCAUGAUGAUCGAUGCUUCGUUUGUCGUCAGGAGAUUUUGUGGCCAGAAAUAUUACGACCCGGCGCUCGAGAUUUGCUGUAGUGGUCAUGUGGCCCAAAAGGUCGGCGAUUCUUCUUCCUGUUGUGGUUACACCGGUUACAAUCCUCGCUACGAAGUUUGCUGUGCGGGACGCGUUUCCCAAAAAGUUGGCGCUUCACCUUCAUGUUGUGGCUCUCAAGUUUUUGACACCCAAGUGCAGAAAUGUGUGGGUGGAAGGAUAGUCUGA